AUGGAUAUGAGCACGCGCCAGAAGCUGGCGGAGCUCAUACAGAAGGACAUCGACCAGCUGCGAGAGAAGGCAGAAGGGCAGGGUGUGACGGCCUGGCUGACGCGGCCCGUGCAGCGCGAGCGCCCAAACGAGCGCUUCCUCAUCAGCACCCUGCGCGGCGUGCAGGCCCACAACCGGCGCGCGGAGGAGGAGGAGAUGUGGGAGCGCUACCAGCAGCGGCGGCAGCGCGAGGAGGGGGAGCAGGGGGAGGCAGCGCAGCGGCAGCGGGGUCAUUCCAGUGGUCACGCUGAGGAGGGGGGUCAUGUGAGCGACGAUGCCAUCGCCGCUAUGGUUGCCAGCAAGCGCAGCAGGGGCCGGGGCGGGGUGGGGUCUCGCAUGGAUGUGCCGGGGCCCUACUUGCCCUCUGGUGAGACUGCUGAGCUGGCCAAUGAUGACACAGAGUUGGUGCGGCGGCAGCAGCUGGGACCAGCUCGCCCGGAGUGGCUGCAGAGGCAGGAGCAGGAGCAGGAGGAGCGGGAGCUGAUUGCCAUGGGCGAGGCGCUGCAGCAGCGGCGGCGCGGGAAGAAGCAGCGGCGGCGGGGCGACGGCGCUCGGUCGGGCAGCGGGAGCAGCAGCAGCAGCGGCGGCGGCAGCGGCGGCAGCUCCAGCGAUAGCAGCGCUGAGCGGCGGAGAAGGAAGCGGCGAAGAAGCAAGAAGGAGAAGAAGGUGAAGAAGAAGCGCAGGAAGCAGAAGAGGGUGAAGGAAGGGAGCUAG